UUUGCACUUGCGAUCCCACCCGAUUAUGGAGGCCCUCUACGUGCGCUACGUCAUUCCGCUCAAGAACUACCUCAUGUUCGACUGCCUUGGCGGUCCGCGCCCGCUCCAGCUGCGCUACGUCAUCAACCUCCAGAAAGGCGGCACGUUUCCCGCCAUGCUCUUCCUCAUGUAUUAUUUCGACAAUUGGUCGAUGGCCGCCUACCUCUACACAGCUAAUCAUGGCUCGUACGGCCUUGUGUGGCUACUCAAGGACCUCAUUUUGCCCGACAAGGCGUGGACACCGUACAUCACGAUCCCGUCGACAAUCGUGACCGCGCUUGUCCUCGUUGGGUACUGGGGCGCCGGGUACAUUGUGAUUGCGCACCGCGUCGAGGUCUCACCGGGCCUCGCGUGCCUCUGCACGACCAUGAACAUCCUCGGGACUGUGCUCAUGAUUGGCGCCGACACGCAAAAGUUCUUUCAGCUCAAAUACAAGCCCGGCUUGAUCGAGGACGGCUGGGUCACGUGGAGCCGCAACACCAACUACCUCGGCGAAAUGAUGCUCUACUUGUCCUUCGCGCUCUUGGCUCGCCACUUGUUUCCGUUUGCCGUCCUCGCUCUCAUAUGGAGCCUUCUCUUCCUCUCCAACAUGACGACCAAAGAACUCUCGUUCCGCAACAAGGAAGGUGGCCCGGCGUACAUGGCCCGCACGGGCUUUCUCAUUCCCAAUGUUGGUGGGUGGUUGUCGCGCUUCAUGGCGCCAAUGCCCAAGGCGCGCACGAGUUAAGGUCCCGGUCCAAAAAUAAUUUGCCAUUUCAUGCAUUUGUACUUGCCCUAAUGGGACAUUUUUCUCAACAA